UGCCAUCACUGUAUCAUGGGGACUGUCACUACCUGUAACUGCAAGAAAUCACAUGAAGUUUCUGUCUACAUCUUUGUCUUUGUUGCAGAUACUGAGAAAAAUGAUGUAGUAUUUCUUAUUGAUGGAUCGUUUGACUCAAGAAACGGCUUUGAAGAGAUACGACUCUUUGUUAAAAAAAUAGUUGAAAGUUUAAACAUAGAUGAGAACAGAGACCAAGUUGCUGUUGUUCAAUACAACCGUGACUCCACAGUCAACUUCUACCUGAAUUCCUAUUCAACCAAGAAUGAUGUUCUCAAUUCCAUUGGAAAAAUAAGACACAAGUCGGGGAGACCCCUCAACAUUGGCAAAGCACUUGAGUUUGUCAGAGACAAUGUCUUUGCUGCUUCAGUUGGAGGUAGAAAUGCAGAAUCAGUCCCACAAUAUCUGUAUGUUUUUAGUGGUGGAAGAUCAGGGGAUGAUGUCAGAGGACCAGCACAGUCUCUCAAAGUGAAUGGGAUAAAGACUUUUACUAUUGGCUCAAAGAAUGCUGAUACGUUGGAAAUGCAAACCAUCUCUUUCACGCCUGCAUAUUAUUUUCAUGUGACAAACUUCAACAAUCUGCAAAGCAUACAUCCAUCUGUCGAGGCCACAUUGAGGGGUACAGAAGACACAACAGAAUUUCCAACUGUGAAUGUGGUGGCAAAGCCAACGGGAAGAGAUGUUGUGUUCUUGCUGGAUGGAUCUGAUGGUACUAGAACUGGCUUCCGAGCCAUGCAAGACUUUGUCCAAAGAGUAGUAGAGAGACUCAGUGUUGAUGAUAGCAAAGACCGUGUCGCAGUGGUUCAGUACAGCAGAGAGCCAACUGUCCAGUUCUAUUUGAACACAUAUGGGACAAAAGUCCAGAUCCUUGACGUCGUCAAAGGUUUGAGGCACAAAGGCGGAAGACCCCUCAACACUGGAGCAGCUCUCCAGUACUUGAGGGACAAUGUUUUCACAGCCUCUGCCGGAAGCAGGCGCCUGGAAGGAGCUCCACAGGUCCUGAUACUGCUAAGUGGUGGACGGUCUUCUGACAGUGUUGAUGCGGCAGCUUCUGCUCUUAAACAGUUGGGUGUCAUGACCUUUGCAAUUGGAACCAGGGGAUCUGAUAGCAGAGAACUGCAGAAGAUAUCCCACGAUGACAAUUCUGCUGUCUCUGUGUCUGAUUUCACCGACCUUCAACUCAUCCAAGAGCAACUUCAGUCCUCUCUGGAGGUUUUGGUUACUGACGUCAAACCUGAAUCCCCAACUGAACUUGCUCACACUACCCAAAGGGAUAUUGUUUUCCUUCUGGAUGGCUCUGACAGCACAAGGAAUGGCUUCCCCGCUGUGCGUGAUUUUGUUGAGAAAGUGGUUGAAAAACUAAAUGUGGGCGAAAGAAAAGACCGUGUCUCUGUAGUCCAAUACAGCAGAGAUGUAGAGGUCCAAUUCUAUUUGAAUACAUACACCACAAAAGAAGAUAUUUUGGAUUCGGUAAGAGGGCUGAAGCACAAAGGAGGCAGGCCUCUCAACACCGGGGCUGCCCUUCAAUACGUCAGCGACAACGUCUUUACAAACCCCGCCGGGAGUAGGCGCCUGCAAGGUGUUCCGCAGAUUUUGAUUCUACUAAAUGGUGGAAGGUCUUUUGACAAUGUAGAUACUCCAGCCUCUGUUCUGAAACAGCAGGGCAUCAUUGUCAUUGGCAUUGGAACGAGGAACUCUGACAGUGGGGAGCUGCGGAGGGUAUCACAUGACCCAAAUUACACUCUAUCUGUGUCGGAAUUCACUGAACUCCCCAGUGUCCAAGAACAGAUUUCCUCUCUAAUGAGCACAGUGCUUGUGAGGGCCACACCCAUGACACCAACAGUAACUGUGGUGGCAAAGCCAACGGGAAGAGAUGUUGUGUUCUUGCUGGAUGGAUCUGACGGUACUAGAACUGGAUUCCGAGCCAUGCAAGACUUUGUCCAAAGAGUAGUAGAGAGACUCAGUGUUGAUGAUAGCAAAGACCGUGUCGCAGUGGUUCAGUACAGCAGAGAGCCAACUGUCCAGUUCUAUUUGAACACAUAUGGGACAAAAGUCCAGAUCCUUGACGUCGUCAAAGGUUUGAGGCACAAAGGCGGAAGACCCCUCAACACUGGAGCAGCUCUCCAGUACUUGAGGGACAAUGUUUUCACAGCCUCUGCCGGAAGCAGGCGCCUGGAAGGAGCUCCACAGGUCCUGAUACUGCUAAGUGGUGGACGGUCUUCUGACAGUGUUGAUGCGGCAGCCUCUGCUCUUAAACAGUUGGGUGUCAUGACCUUUGCAAUUGGAACCAGGGGAUCUGAUAGCAGAGAACUGCAGAAGAUAUCCCACGAUGACAAUUCUGCUGUCUCUGUGUCUGAUUUCACCGACCUUCAACUCAUCCAAGAGCAACUUCAGUCCUCUCUGGAGGUUUUGGUUACUGACGUCAAACCUGAAUCCCCAACUGAACUUGCUCACACUACCCAAAGGGAUAUUGUUUUCCUUCUGGAUGGCUCUGACAGCACAAGGAAUGGCUUCCCCGCUGUGCGUGAUUUUGUUGAGAAAGUGGUUGAAAAACUAAAUGUGGGCGAAAGAAAAGACCGUGUCUCUGUAGUCCAAUACAGCAGAGAUGUAGAGGUCCAAUUCUAUUUGAAUACAUACACCACAAAAGAAGAUAUUUUGGAUUCGGUAAGAGGGCUGAAGCACAAAGGAGGCAGGCCUCUCAACACCGGGGCUGCCCUUCAAUACGUCAGCGACAACGUCUUUACAAACCCCGCCGGGAGUAGGCGCCUGCAAGGUGUUCCGCAGAUUUUGAUUCUACUAAAUGGUGGAAGGUCUUUUGACAAUGUAGAUACUCCAGCCUCUGUUCUGAAACAGCAGGGCAUCCUUGUCAUUGGCAUUGGAACGAGGAACUCUGACAGUGGGGAGCUGCGGAGGGUAUCACAUGACCCAAAUUACACUCUAUCUGUGUCGGAAUUCACUGAACUCCCCAGUGUCCAAGAACAGAUUUCCUCUCUAAUGAGCACAGUGCUUGUCAGGGCCACACCCAUGACACCAACAGUAACUGUGGUGGCAAAGCCAACGGGAAGAGAUGUUGUGUUCUUGCUGGAUGGAUCUGACGGUACUAGAACUGGAUUCCGAGCCAUGCAAGACUUUGUCCAAAGAGUAGUAGAGAGACUCAGUGUUGAUGAUAGCAAAGACCGUGUCGCAGUGGUUCAGUACAGCAGAGAGCCAACUGUCCAGUUCUAUUUGAACACAUAUGGGACAAAAGUCCAGAUCCUUGACGUCGUCAAAGGUUUGAGGCACAAAGGCGGAAGACCCCUCAACACUGGAGCAGCUCUCCAGUACUUGAGGGACAAUGUUUUCACAGCCUCUGCCGGAAGCAGGCGCCUGGAAGGAGCUCCACAGGUCCUGAUACUGCUAAGUGGUGGACGGUCUUCUGACAGUGUUGAUGCGGCAGCUUCUGCUCUUAAACAGUUGGGUGUCAUGACCUUUGCAAUUGGAACCAGGGGAUCUGAUAGCAGAGAACUGCAGAAGAUAUCCCACGAUGACAAUUCUGCUGUCUCUGUGUCUGAUUUCACCGACCUUCAACUCAUCCAAGAGCAACUUCAGUCCUCUCUGGAGGUUUUGGUUACUGACGUCAAACCUGAAUCCCCAACUGAACUUGCUCACACUACCCAAAGGGAUAUUGUUUUCCUUCUGGAUGGCUCUGACAGCACAAGGAAUGGCUUCCCCGCUGUGCGUGAUUUUGUUGAGAAAGUGGUUGAAAAACUAAAUGUGGGCGAAAGAAAAGACCGUGUCUCUGUAGUCCAAUACAGCAGAGAUGUAGAGGUCCAAUUCUAUUUGAAUACAUACACCACAAAAGAAGAUAUUUUGGAUUCGGUAAGAGGGCUGAAGCACAAAGGAGGCAGGCCUCUCAACACCGGGGCUGCCCUUCAAUACGUCAGCGACAACGUCUUUACAAACCCCGCCGGGAGUAGGCGCCUGCAAGGUGUUCCGCAGAUUUUGAUUCUACUAAAUGGUGGAAGGUCUUUUGACAAUGUAGAUACUCCAGCCUCUGUUCUGAAACAGCAGGGCAUCAUUGUCAUUGGCAUUGGAACGAGGAACUCUGACAGUGGGGAGCUGCGGAGGGUAUCACAUGACCCAAAUUACACUCUAUCUGUGUCGGAAUUCACUGAACUCCCCAGUGUCCAAGAACAGAUUUCCUCUCUAAUGAGCACAGUGCUUGUGAGGGCCACACCCAUGACACCAACAGUAACUGUGGAGAUGCAGGGCCCCCAGAAGGAUGUCGUUUUUCUUGUUGAUGGAUCUGAUGGCGUUGGAAUGGAAUUUCCUAUCAUUCGGGAGUUUAUCCGCAGGGUUGUAGAGAGUCUCAAUGUGGGCGAGAAUAAGAUCCGGAUUGGUGUCGUCCAGUAUGGUGACUCUGCUCAAGCUGACAUGUUUCUGAAUGCACAUAAAACUAAAGAAAGUGUUUUGCAAGCUGUCAGGGGAAUCAACCAGCGAGGGGGACGACAGCGUAAUCUGGGUCAGGCCUUGCAGUUUGUCAAGCAGGAUGUUCUGACAGCAACACGUGGUAGCAGGAAGGCAGAGGGUGUACCUCAGUUCGUAAUUGUCAUCUCCAGCGGGUCCUCAACAGAUGACAUCCGUAGUGCGGCGUCUUCCCUCAAACAAUCCAGAGUUCUUCCUUUCAGCAUCGGGACCAGGGAUGUCAAUCCUACAGAACUUCAGACCGUGUCAUACGUGCCUAACUUUGCUUUUGCUAUCGAUGACCUUCCUGGCCUUUACACAGUAAAAGAAAACUUAAUCACCACCCUCACCGAGCUGUCAGAUGCGGAUAUCACCAGGAUGCGUCCAGUAUUCCCAACAACUGAAGUGAUCACAACACCCACUGGAGGAGAAAAGAGGGAUGUUGUAUUUCUGAUAGAUGGCACCACAACUGUGCGUAAUGAGUUCCCUUCCAUCCGUGAAAUGAUAACAAGAGUUGUGGGGAAGCUGGAUGUAGGAUUGGAUAAGGUCAGAAUUUCAGUGGUUCAGUACAGUGAUGUACCGAAGCUUGAAUUUCUUCUCAAUGAAUUCUCCACCAAAGACGAGGUACGCCAGGCUGUGACAAAACUUCAAAGCAAAGGCGGGGAACGUCUAAACACAGGUGCCGCUCUUGAGUGGGUCUAUAGAAAUAUCUACCAGAGGUCAGCAGGAAGCCGCAUUGAGGAUGGUGUGCCCCAGUUCCUCAUUCUAGUUACAGGUGGAAAGUCGACAGAUGAUGUGUCCGCUUCAGCUGAACAACUUAAGAGAAACCAGGUUGCACCUCUUGCCAUUGGUUCAAGAAAUGCAGACCCUGAUGAAUUGAGACUGAUUUCACUGAAGCCUGAACUGGUAUAUACAGUUGACAGUUUCCGGCAGCUGUCAAGAGUGGAGUCGCAGCUAAUUGAUUCAGUCAAAACAAUAUCCACCACUGACCCUUAUGUUCCUCCAGACGUCUUUGAUGUACCAAAUCUUGGGAGAAAGGACAUUAUUUUCCUUAUUGAUGGCUCAGACAACACGGGUGUUGGGGGCUUAGCCCAUAUUCGUGACUUCAUCCUUAACAUUGUCCAACAACUCGACGUGCAGCCUGAUCAAGUGCGCGUAGGGGUUGUCCAGUACGCAGACCAAGUCAAAACAGAGUUCUCACUCAACUCUCACAACAACAAGCCAGCUGUUGUCUCCGCUAUUAAAAGACUUCGUCAGAUGGGUGGCCGGUCUUCAGAUCUGGCUGAUGCCAUUACCUAUGUUCAACGGAAUGAGUUAAAACCUGCUUCAGGGGUUCGUCCAGAGGCCUCCCAGCAUCUUGUGGUACUCACAGGUGGACGUUCUCCUCAAGAUGUUUCCAUCUACGGACCUCUGCUUAAAGGAGCUCGUGUCAACUGCAUUGGUGUUGGGGCUGCUAAUGCCGACACAAAGCAGCUAACCCAAAUAGCCACAACCUCAGCUGAUGUCCUCAAGGUUCCUGACUUCAGUGGCCUGCAAGCAAUCCGUGAGGUGCUUAUUGACAGGUUGAUUGGGACCAUUACUGAGGAACCACCAAGAGGACCUGACCCACCUCCACAAAAAAAAGCUGAUAUAGUGUUUUUGGUAGAUGGCUCCAUUAACUUAGGCAAGAACAACUUCAAUGAAGUUAUGUUGUUUAUUACCAACCUAAUUGAUCUGUUCUUCAACGAGAGAGACGACCUGCGGAUCGGUCUGGCACAUUAUGCCACAGAUGUUACUGACGUCUUCUAUCUCAACACAUACCAGAACCGGGAGGACAUUUUAAGUGCAAUUGGCCGAGCACAAUAUAAAGGUGGACGUAGAAUAAAUACUGGUGCAGCCAUACGCCACGCUCAAAAUGUUCACUUUACCAAAGGAAAAGGCAGCAGAAUGGAUGAGGGCACUCCUCAAAUCCUAAUGGUAGUCACUGGAGGUCGCUCAGCUGAUGAUGGUAAAACAGCCGCCCUGGGUCUAAAGCAGAAAGGUGUGAGAAUCUUUGCUGUAGGAGUAGGCGACAUUGAGAAUGAAUUAGAAAACUUAGCGAGUGAGGCUUCCACUGUGGCUAGAGCAAGGACCUUUCAGGAACUGUCAGAGCUUAAUGAGCAAAUUCUGGAGACUUUGGACGAUGAAGUGAAAGGCAGUCUGUGUCAUGGUGGAGAGGAAACCUCUAAAACCUGCAGCAUAGAGGUGUUGGUGGGCUUUGAUGUUUCUGCCCAGAACAUCUUCAAUGCUCAGACCAACCUCCAGAUGAAGGUUGACGCCAUUCUGAAUAGGAUUUCCCAAUCGGCAGCUAUCAGUUGCUCAUCUGGGCAGAUUCCCUCUGUGCAAAUUGGCAUGCUGGCCUUAGACUCGGCUUCUGAGCCGGUCCAGCUGGACUUCACAGACAGGGUUGGUGAGCUCUUUGAGGCAUUCAAAGCCCUACGGAAUCGUGGCCCCUUUGUCCUCAAUGGCAAGACCAUCUCAGCUUACACAAAUAGCUUCAAAACCAGAGAGGCUGGCAUUGUCAAGGUUGUUAUUCAUCUUACUGAUGGUAUUGAUGCCCCAUUUGAUGAAUUGAAAAAGCAAGUUGAGGAGCUUCGUUUGUCAGGAGUGAGCAGUUUCAUCCUGGUCGGCCUUGAGCGAGUUCCCAAAUUUGAGGAAGCUUUGCUGCUGGAAUUUGGUCGUGGAUUCAGGUACACCAGACCUUUACGACUCAACAUCCUGGACUUGGACGAUGAGCUAACUGAAGAACUGGAUCAUAUUGCAGAGAGGGAGUGCUGUAAUGUGCCAUGCAAAUGCAGUGGCACCAGAGGAAACAGAGGAGCAGGUGGAGACUCAGGGACUAAGGGGGAUCCGGGAUCACCAGGAAGCCAAGGACAUCCUGGAGAUGAGGGUGGACCUGGAGAGAGAGGUCCUCCUGGGGUUAAUGGAACUCAGGGUUUCCAGGGAUGUCCUGGACAAAGAGGUGUCAAGGGUUCUCGCGGUUACUCAGGAGAAAAGGGUGACUUUGGAGAAAUUGGACUUGAUGGCAUCAAUGGAGAAGAAGGCAAAGGUGGAGUGGCCGGACCCCCAGGAGACCGAGGAAACGCUGGCAGGAGAGGUCCCAAAGGCACAAAAGGACAAGUAGGAGACAGAGGAGAAGUGGGAUUCAGAGGAGACCCUGGUGUAGGCGGAAAAAAUAACAACAGCACCGGACCUAAAGGAGACGCUGGUGAUGCUGGACUAGCGGGAAGGCCUGGUCAGGAUGGACAGAAGGGGGGCCCCGGUGAACUCGGCAGACCGGGAGCUAAAGGAAGAAGAGGCUCACAUGGGCAGGCUGGUAUUCCCGGAAAAGCAGGUGAUGAUGGCGUUCAAGGAGAACCUGGUAUAGGAGGAUCAAGAGGUCCUCCAGGACCAAACGGUGCACCGGGACCCAGAGGAGAAGAUGGAAACGCUGGACCCAGAGGUCCCGGAGGGGAUCCAGGUCCCGCUGGAGAUAGGGGUAGAAGAGGAGCUCUUGGUCGCAAGGGUGAACCAGGAGAUCCAGGACCGAAGGGUGUUAUAGGGCCGCUUGGUCCCCGCGGAGAGUCGGGUGAAGAUGGGAGAGAUGGGUUUGGCGUUCAAGGGCCUAAAGGAAGAAAGGGUGAUGCAGGCUUCCCAGGGUUCCCAGGACCAAAGGCUCCAGCUGGUGUACCCGGCACGAUGGGAGGACCUGGACGCAAAGGGAAUCCUGGACAGGGGGGUAUCUCUGGGAAUAUUGGCACACCGGGACCAAAGGGAGAUUUUGGAUACCCUGGGCCAUAUGGACAGAAAGGCCCGAGAGGACCAGGCGUUGUGCAAUGUGACCUGGUUAAGAAGAUCAGAGAAAACUGUCCCUGCUGUUAUGGUCAGCAGGAAUGCCCGCUCUAUCCCACUGAGCUGGCCUUUGCCUUGGAUGCUUCUGAAGGUGUUGGCCGCCCGGCCUUCAACAAUAUGCGAGAAACAGUCCUGCGUCUAGUCAGAGAAAUCACCAUCUCCGAGAGUAGCUGUCCAAGAGGAGCCCGUGUUGCUUUAACCCUCUACAACAAUGAAGUAACCACUGAGGUUCGGUUCGCUGAUGCAAUGAAGAAACGCGUCCUGUUGCAGCGCAUUGAGGGACUUCAGACCCUGCAGACCCGGAAGCAGCGCAGCUUGGACACAGCCAUGAGCUUUUUGGCCCACAACACCUUUAAGAGAGUGCGCAGCGGCUUCCUCAUGAGGAAGGUGGCCAUUUUCUUCGUUGGAGGGACAGUCAGUCAGGCACAAACAGUCACCAACGCAGCUCUUCGCCUCCACGACGCCGGAAUUGCCACUCUGUUUCUGGUGCCUCGUGAGGACCGAGCUCUUAGCAGAGCGCUGGAGGUCAACAACACAGCACUGGCCCAAGUGAUUGUCCUUCCAAAUGCUGGAAGUGCACAGUACAAUUCAGUAAUCCAGAAGGUGAUGAACUGCCAUGUCUGCUUUGACAUUUGCUCUCCGGACCAAAUGUGUGACUAUGUUCCACCAUCGUCCGGUCGAGAUAGGAGGUCCUCAACCACAGACGUGGACAUCGACAUGGCUUUCGUCAUCGACAGCUCUGAGUCUACCUACCCAACAGUUUUCACAGAGAUUAAGCGUUACAUUGCACACAUAGUGGAGCAGCUGCAGGUGUCUUCAAAUCCCACAUCUUCCGUUAACCACGCCAGAGUGUCCGUGAUUCAGCAAGCACCUUACAAGUUCCUCCACAACAAAACUGGCUCCGCCAUCCAUGUGGACAUUGGUUUAACCGAUCACCACUCAGCUCAGGACUUUGUCAAAUUUCUACUGGAGAAGACACCACAGUUAGAGGGUGGCCGGGCGCUGGCAGCAGCUAUCGAAUCCACAGUGGAGCAGGUGUUUGAGAAGGCGCCUCUCCACCGUGACAGGAAAGUGCUGAUGUUCUUUGUGACAGGGAGUGUGGAAGAAGAAGAGGUGCCGCUUUUGCGUAUUGCCACUGAGGUCAAGUGCAGAGGCUACUUCCUGGUCAUCCUGGGCGUUGGUGACAAGUUGAGUGCAGGAGAUACCCGUGUCUUGUCACUCAUGGCCAGCGAGCCGUCAGAUGUCUUCUUCAAGCGUCUAGACAGCAUCUCGGAAUUUUAUGACAAAAACAUCCAGACCUUUGGCCAGCUUUUGCCAAAGUAUAUCAGCAUCGAAAAUGCUUUCUACAUGUCCCCUGAAGUCUCCAAAAACUGCAAGUGGUUCCAGAGUGACCAACCACUUAAAAACCCCUUUACACCAUCACAACAACAGGAGAAACAUCAGAAACAUCAUGAAAAACAACAAGAAGUUCAUCAAAGAAAGCACAACGAUGCCGAUGAGCUGCACGUCUCCAACGUCACAUCCAGUAGCUUGAAAUUGCGUUGGACCGGCCCAGACCCCAAGCUCUUUGUCUACUACGAGGUUGUGGUGACUCGGCUGCAUGACCACGCUCUGGUGCUGAAGACCAACGUGUCAGACGUCGAGCUUUCGGUGGACAACUUAGAAAGUGCCCAAACAUAUCAUCUUGUGGUCUACGCCCACAAUGCAGAGGGUGAAACUGUCUCUACCCGCAAAGGCAUCAUUACUACCAAAGCAGCAGAUCACAAGCCAGAGCAUAAGCACGCUAACCAAAGCCCGAGCACUGUGAGCACCGCACCACUGGACAAACCAGAAACAGUGCCGGAGCCUCAGCCAGAAGAGCAGCAGGCUGAAAAAGUGCAGAUCCUCCCGAAUCCUGACUCUACAGCAGUGGACAUUUGCCAGCUUCCCAAAGAGGAAGGUACUUGUGCCAAAUUUGUCCUCAAGUGGCACUUCGAUGCCCUGAGCAAGAGCUGCACGCGUUUCUGGUAUGGAGGCUGCGGCGGGAACCAAAAUCGCUUUGACACGCAUCAGCAGUGUCUUAAGGCUUGCGGAAAAGCAGCACCCAUCAACCAAGGAGUCAUGGAUGCAAUAAGAACAUAGGAUGAAACAUGGCUGGCUGCCCCCCUGUUUAGGGGAUUCUUAGGAGCAUCACCCCAAAUAGCCACACUGUAAGGAUGUAAUACUAAAGCAACGGUGGCUGCACUGGAUUCCACAAAAAAUGGACUUUAUCCCCGAAAUUCUUGAAGUAGAGAAGGGAGGCAACACGAUCUGCUGCAUAAUUAGUUUGAACCUUCUGGUGCUAUAUAUUUGUUUUUAAGUGCAUACAGUCUUGUAACGUCCCAUUUUCCGGAACAACGGCAUCAUAUCUCAAGUUUAAAAAAAAGCAGUUUAAUGACAACAACAUUAAAGAACAGUUUUAAGUAAUACAUCCGUACAAGCAGGACUUGCAUUAUUCAAUGCAGUCUUUUUUUCUCAUAUAUUGUAUAUUUUACAUUCCACAUUCACAUUGCAACAUUGACUUUUAUUGAUCUAUAUUGUUUUAAAACACACGUGGUCUCUGUGGAAUCAUCACUACACUAUUCUACAGUCACGGAAUCCAAAGCAAUGUUUACACAAUUUUUGUACGCUGGUUUUAUGAUUUCAUAAUGAUGAUUACCAAACAUUGAUGUAAUGUUAAGUGCACUUCUGGAUCCACUGCCUCAAACACACUUAGUUCCAGCUGAUGAGAAAUGGAAUAUACUUGUCAAACAGUUUUCUUUCAUUUGGUUUUACUGAAAUGUGUGUUCAAUCGGGGUGUAGUGGUAAAUAAACACAAGACUUUCUAAUAUA